AUGGCUAAAAAUCAAGUGGCUGCGGCACACAAGAUUGCCGUACUGAGUGGCGACGGCAUCGGACCCGAGAUCACCGACGCAUGCCUCAAGGUGCUGACGGCGGCGGCCCGGGCCGAGGGCGAGGAGCUUGUAUACACCGAGGCGCUGAUUGGCGGCGCAGCCAUCGAUGCCACAGGCGACCCGUACCCCGCAGAGACGGAGCAGAUCUGCAAGAGCAGCGACGCGGUGCUGCUGGCGUGCAUCGGCGGGUACAAGUGGGACUCGCUGCCCAACGCGCAGCGCCCCGAGAAGGGCCUGUUGCGCCUGCGCUCCUCCCUCAACGCCUUUGCCAACCUGCGCCCCGCGGUGGUGCUGCCCCAGCUGGCCGACGCCUCCACCCUGAAGCGGGAGGUGGUGGAGGGCGUGGACAUCAUGAUUGUGCGGGAGCUGGUGGGCGGCAUCUACUUUGGAGAGCCUCGGGGCUUUGAGGAGCGCAAUGGCGAGCGGGUGGGCUUCAACACGGAUGUGUACAGCGAGAGCGAGGUGGAGCGCAUCUCCCGGGUGGCGUUUGAGGCGGCCAUGAAGCGCGGCAAGCGGCUGUGCAGCGUGGAGAAGAGCAACGUGCUCGAGGUCAGCCAGCUGUGGAAGGAGGUGGUGACUCGGGUGGCCGAGGACUACCCCGAGGUGGAGCUGAGCCACAUGUACAUCGACAAUGCGGCGAUGCAGCUGAUCCGCAACCCCAAGUACUUUGACACCAUCGUCACCGGCAACAUCUUUGGGGACAUCCUGUCGGACGAGGCCUCCAUGCUGACCGGCUCCCUGGGCAUGCUGCCCUCCGCCUCCAUCAGCGAGCCGGGCAAGCCGGGCAUCUACGAGCCGGUGCACGGCUCCGCGCCCGACAUUGCGGGCGAGGACAAGGCCAACCCGCUGGCCAUGGUGCUGAGCGCGGCCAUGAUGUGCCGCUACGGCCUGGGCCUGCCGCGCGUGGCGCAGCGGCUGGAGGCGGCGGUGACGGCGGCGCUGGAUGCUGGCUACCGCACCGGCGACAUCAUGCAGCCCGGCUGCUCCCAGGUCGGCUGCCGGCAAAUGGGGGAGGUGGUGCUGCAGCAGCUGGAGAAGGCCUUUGCCAAGGCCGACCCGCUGGAGGCGGCACGGCUGGAGUACUGCGAGACUGUGGACCCCUCGGCCAAGGAGUGCAAGGUGUUCGACGAGUGAGCGGGAGCAGCGGCGGCGCCGGCACCAUGCCUGCGCUGCUGGCCCGGUUUGCGGCACGCUCGCUGAGGCUUGGCUUGCAGUCCCUUGUAAUUGGC